UUGCCAAAAAUUACAAAUACAUAUUUUUACAAUACAAUAUAAAUAACAUUGAUUGUAACUUAAGAGACGGUUUUCUAUUGGAAAAUGAAAUUUAUGAAUUGCAUGCUUGUUAUAUGUUUUGUGAAGUUGGUUUCAAUUGAAGGAGAACUUGAUAAACAACGAUAUGCAGUUACUGAAGAAGUAGUAGAUGAAGUGGAAGAAGAUGAUAAGAAAACAGAUGAUAAAAAUAACGGCUAUGAAGUUUAUGAAGUGAUUGACGAGGGAAGUGCUUCUAAUUCUACGUCGACUCCGCCCCCUCCUCCUGCUUCAGCCAAUGGUGGGCCUGCUGCCAAUACAUCGACCAAUGGCAGUGAUAGGAUUAAAUGGAUGCUGCUGCCUGACGGGAAAGGAGAUGUGGGUGUGGCCAUCUUAUCAGGACUGGGACCGAAAAACACAAACUAUGCUGAAAAUGUGGAUUUCUAUCUUUAUUCGAGACACAAUCCAACCAGAGCCGAGAAAAGAACGAUGAACGCCUCCUGUCUGCCAGUGUUCAAGUACUUCAAGGCAGGCAGACCUUCCAAGAUGUUGAUUCAUGGCUUCGGAGACAGUGUGCAAGACUCCAUCAUGUAUCCGAUACUCAGAGAUGCAUUCCUGACGAAAGGUGACUACAACAUAUUUCUGUUGGACUGGUCGGAUUUGGCGGCGACACCCUGGUACAACAGGGCGAUGCGAAACACUGAGACAGUGGCACGACAGGCGGCCGGCCUCAUAGACCACCUGUGCAGGUCUACCGGAGCUGAAGCCUCCAGCUUCCACCUGGUUGGCUUCAGUCUGGGGUCGCACAUUGCCGGCAUGAUCGGCCAGUUUGUCAAGACCGGCAAAAUCAAACGGAUCACCGCUCUUGAUCCGGCCCAAGUGCUAUUUACCGGCGUGGAGAAAAGCAGGAGAUUGGACGAGACUGACGCUCAUUUAGUCGAAGUGGUGCAUACCUCAGGAGGAUAUCUCGGCUUCCAGGAUCCAAUAGGACAUAGGGAUAUAUUUCCCAACGGAGGUUCCUGGCCACAGCCUGGCUGUUUCCUAGAUUAUGCUGCUGUUUGCAGUCACAGAAGAGCCUACUAUUAUUACGGCGAAGCCGUGAGGAACAAGAGAGGAUUCCGAGCGAUUCCUUGCAGCAACUGGCCUGACUACAUGGCCGGAUCGUGUAAAAAUAACAUUGAAAACUCGUUUGAAUUGGCAAAUGAUCACAAUACAAAAAAAUACAGAGGAAAGUAUUUCUUGAACACCAACAGUGAUGAGCCUUUUGGGAUAAUUGAUAAACCAGUCAGGGAGACCAACACCAACGAUUAUGACUAUUUUGGAAUUUUGUUUGAUGAAUUCCAGAACUACGUAGAUUGUCUCUGGUGUCAUCAAUCUUACUUCAAGAAAGCAAACUACAAUCUGCUCUCGAUUGACUGGGGACCGCUGGCCAAGGAAGGCUGCUACAUAGAGGCCACCCACAACGUGCAGCCGGUGGGCGAGUGUGUGGCCAGAAUGCUCGAGAAAAUUGUGGAGGUGCGAAAGGAUGUGGCACCGCAAGAUGUGCACGUGGUAGGAUUCAGUCUGGGAGCCCAUGUGGCCGGUUACAUCGGCAAGAGUUUGACUGCGUUCAGGAUUACAAGAAUAACAGGUUUGGACCCAGCACUGCCUCUGUUCGACAAUGUCUUUAACAGCGGAUCCAGUCUGAGGGAGGGGGAUGCUGAUUUUGUUGACGUCAUCCACACCAACGCAGGCAUGAAGGGCAAAUCAGCUGAUGUCGGCCAUGUUGAUUUCUAUGCCAACGGGGGAUCUAUUCAGCCUGGAUGUGCAGCAACUAAUACAAGCUGUCAUCAUGUGAGAUCUGUUGAGAUAUUUGCUGAGUCAAUCAAUUCAGACAUUGGGUUUUACGGUUUCAAAUGUGCAUCUUUCAUUGACUACAUGACGGAUUGCUGCGUAAAUGUGCAAAUUGAACCUGGAGAAGGAAAGUGGGUCCUCUUGGGAGAAUAUGUGCUAAGGACAUCGAGAGGACAAUACUAUUUUGAUACUUCUGACCAUCCUCUAUUGGCAAAGGGAAAAACUUGUCAAGCAACCUCAAUUUUGUAGAUCGACGGUAGCAGAAAAAACAAGAGAAAGUGGCUUUGUCAAAAUACUUAGGCUUACAACAAUAAUAAUUAUAAGUUAUCAACCUACAAUCAUAAUCCAUAUUAUAGUACCAUAGCGUAGAAUAAUUUAUAUUGAAAACUUUUUUAUGGCUUCCAUUAGUCUUUUAAUGAACAGUAUAAGAUGAAAAGAUGCUAUAAGAUGCUGAAGUAGGUGAAGUGAACAACUACAAACCUAUUUCGGAGUAAUAAAAUUAUCGGAAUAUUCAUCUACUUGAA